AGGAGCAAGCAAGUUAGCUUGGGGAGCAAUGCAGAGAUAGAAAGAGAGAGAGAGGAUGUGUACGAGAGAAAGAGAGACAGCAGCAUUGAAUUAAGAGGCAGCCAGGAGGGAAAGGAGGAGAGGGGAGUGACAGGAGAGAGUUGCGCAGGGGACAGAGACAGACCUGGGCAGUCAGAUGGGAUUGCUGGGUGAAAUUGGGGAGGAACUUGGGGCGUGGUCGCAGCCCCACUCAGAUAGACCUGCUACAGGACGUCCAGCCUUCAGACACAAGCCUUUGUGUUUCUGACAGGGGAGCACUGUCAGCAUGCCCGUCAUGAGCGGAACAGGGUUUUCCGUGAAGACAGACGUGGGUCUGAGACAGCUUCCGCCCUCGAAGGAUGCGUGGAACUGGGGGAGCCAGAGGUCAGUCUCCGAUGAGAUAGCUCCAGCCGAGCAGGGCGAACUCAACACGCCACAGUUUGGAUAUCCCGGCUCGGUGGUCGGACAUCUCAAAAAGGGUCAGCUUCCACCCAAAAAGAGCAGGUGUGCCGAAGGGAGGGGCAGGGGCGAGGAAGAGGACAGUCUUAGUCUGGCUGAAACCAUGGUGAUGACAGAGUCUCAACCUCUGCAGGUCUAUCCAACAGCCUUUGUGUCCGAGGGACGGCUGCUGACUCUCCCUCCACCGGCCGUCAAAGAGGAGUCUGUUCCUCCAGAGAGGGUCAGCCAGGAAGAGAAGUCAUGGAGCAAUGAGUCAUCGUCCUCGGGUGGGCCCCUCAGGGUGCGGUCGCUGCCCAAUUUCGCAGAGGUCUCGUGGACGUCACAGAAAAUUGUCGGCUCGUUCGCCUCUCUUCCGGAAUUCCAGAGAGCUGCCGCAGUCUGCAUGAAAAUGUCGGAGAUGUCUGGCCCCUCAUUGGAUGUGGAGGAGGACCUGCCACUCGACGUGAAGGAUGGUGGGUGGAGACCGGCAGGGCACAGCAGCGAGGGAGACUGGGAACAGUUCACUGAAGCCACCCAUGAGCCUCGUCCUUCCCCUGUGGGGGAGCCAAAAAAGGGAAUUGGAAACACGGUUGCUCUCAAUGUUCAGAACGACCAGAGAUCACAGAGCACUCUAACGACCAAUAAUAACUGUGAGAUCAUGCCCUCCUCAUGUACCACAGUGGCAAGGGACUGCCCAAGUUCACUUCUGCAGGCUGGCACUGUACCAGGCCUGGUCAACCCUGGGCCCUCACCUGGCCCGGGCAGCCCUGGCCCAGAUGUGAGAAGCCGGGACACUGAAAACUCGUCAGCUGACUGCAGCCUCUCUGAGACAGAGGAAGGGUCUGAGGCCCUGUCUUUCAGCAGCGAAUGCCUGAUCUCUUCAGGGGAGGAGGACCCAGACCACACCAAUCUCAGCAGUGAGGCCCCAGCAGAAGAACAGGGGCCUGCACACCUGUCUGACUCCUGUGGACCAGUAGCAUCCAGCUUUGCACGCCACAAGACAUCCCCAGCCAGUCCAGACUUCAGACAGCCAAUUCCGGAGGAGAAUACAUCUGAGAGGGAAUCCAAGAUGAACAAUCCAGGUUGUUUUGUGUCACCGUGGAAACUCCCAGCCCCUGAAGAAACUCUGUCUGAGAUACUUUCUCCAGUAGAUGAGGUUCUGUCCUACGGCAGCACCGAACUUCCUCCCACAGUAACUGAUGACCUCGUACUCCCCCCACCUCCGCCUGCCUGUGAAGUCAUCACAUGGACAAGUGAGGAUGGCUUCCCUCCACCCCCUGAGGAACUGUGCGAGCUCCACCCCCUGGAGGACCCCUCCAUCAAGAGCGAUGACCUCCCCUCCCUCUCUGAUGACCCACUUCUUCCUGUGUGCACAGGAUUUCCCACUGGACUGACAGACAGGCGUCGCAAUGAUGGAGACUUCCUGAAAGUGGACCUGAUGACGACUGGGUACUCGGCAGGUCAAAAGUCAUGGGAUGGUCAGGUAAAGGAGGAUGAGGACGAGAACAGCAACAGCACUGACCUACUAUUCUCUUUCCGCAUUGGUGACCGUGUGUUAGUAUGUGGAUCCAAACCCGGACAGCUGAGGUUCAAGGGUGUGACCAGCUUUGCAAGCGGCCACUGGGCAGGAGUGGCCCUUGACCAUCCAGUAGGAAAUCAUGAUGGCAUGUUCCGAGGGGUGCGCUACUUCCAGUGCAGCAAGAACUGUGGCGUGGUGGUCAGGGCUGAGGAUAUUUCCCGUCUGCACUCGGAGCACGAGAGCGAUCAGGAAACCAGGGCUGAUGAUCCCUUUUCAGAUGAGGAGCCGCUGAGUGCCACCAAACCUCCACAGGACGGACAGGCAGAAAGUAUGGGUAAGCCCUCAGGGACAGGGGUGGAGAGGAGCAGGAGCCAGAGACAGGGAGGGGAGAGGAGUGGUGGUGCAAGAGGUCACUCCUCAGCCCCUCAAAUGUCCAGAGACAGCUUCUACAGAGAGCUAAACAACAACCCUCUCCAGAGUCCUACACCAGUGUGUAAGGAAGAAGUCAUAGCCCCAAAGCGUUUCUCCCAUGGAACCUGUUGGGGCUCUGACCCCAGCAUCCAUGAAGCCAAAUGGGUUGAGAACAUUCAUUGGGAAUCUCAUCAACUACAGCAGGGAAUGCAUGAGGCAGAGGAAAAGGAAUCCUGCCUCAUCCCUCAUCUAGGCUUACAGAAUUCUAUGUCUUUCACUGGAGAUCUGAGAAGGUGUGGGUGGCCCAAUGAUCUCUGGAUUGGCAGGGGUCCAUGGAGCUGUUUGAAAGGUCUGCCAGAGAUGAGACCUGACACUGCACCCUUUCUUUUCCUGGGUCAGAGCACCAGUCAGACCCCAUUGGACUGUGUGUGGAGCACACUGGAGAAGAGAGAGAGGGGUGUUCAGGCAACACCAUGUGCUGACCCAGAGGAGGGGAGGGUGAGUCUUGGUGAGAGAUGCAUAUAUGAUCUGGACUCCCUGGUGGACAGCCUGAUGGGGAAGCUACUUACUGAGGUGGUGAAAGAGUCCAAGGAGAUGAGGAGGAAAUAUCGAAGGAAGCGGUCAAUGAAGGAGAAGGAGAACCACAUUCAGAACCCUCAGGCCGUGGGGAAGAGUAAUGGUGGUCAGGUGAAGCCGAGCCAAAACCCAACCCCAAAUCUGAGGCUAAACCCCCCUUGCUUCAGCGAUCAGUGGCACUGUUCCCUGGCCUCAUCUGCCCAGCCCAGGGUUCGAGUGCAGCCCCAUGACCCGGGUGUGGUCCACAGGCUUGUGGCAGAAUCAGUGGAAGUUCUGUGGGGUCAGACUGGGGGUCAUGUGACCGACAGCACUGAGGCACCUGCUUUCCUGGCCAGCGAAGAGAGCCGCAGAGCAUACAGACAGAUCAUUUUCGAUCUGACUUCAGAUAUAUAUCACAAGGCUCUGAGGUGUAGCUGGGCAAACAGCGCCUCACCAGUGGAACUCAGGGAGACAUCUUCAGUUUCACCUUUCUGGUCAAGCAAAACAUCUCUUUGCAAUAUCAAGGCCACAAUCCAGGCAGAGGUUCAGAGAGAGCUGAACUUGGAGCGAACGGAUGUACAGGCCCGGGAGAUAAUGCAAAACUUGUGCAAGUACAGGACUACACACAGGGACAGGGUAGACUAUGUCCUGAUCCAAGAGCUCCAUAAGGAAGAACAGCAGUGGGUGGACUACAGCCUUGACCAGCUCAAUGUCAAGAUGCAGCUCACAGAGGAAAUUUUUGACAUCCUACUGCAGGACACAAUUUCUGUUCUUAAUCACAUUUAUGCAGCGCACUCUGGUAAUAGUCCUCCAGCCUCGCAGCCCUUUCAAUCCUCACUCAUACCAUAGUAUCUCCAGUUUAGAUCUGCACUUCUUUCUGUUUACAUUUUUUGCUCACUCUUUUGGUAUAAAUAAAUUUCAAUAUUUUAUUCUCCAAAAAUGGAAAUAGCUCGCACUCAACUGUACUUCUUCAGGAGGCCUGAUUUAACAAAACCAACUAGUAUGCUAUAUAUAUAUAUAUAUAUAUAUAUAUAUAUAUAUAUAUAGUAAUAAUCUGAAUGAAAGUUGGUGCAGAAUGAAAGGGAUUACGUAGCGGUUGGGGGAAUGAUUAGGCCAGAUGUAGACAGAAAAAUUUGUUGUGAAAAAUUUAACAUUGAUAUUAGCACCCCUAAUACCUCUGCACACCUCUGUGUUUUAGGCAUGUCUUAUAAUCACGGCUACCAGUUUGUCUCCACCAUGUGACCUGCAGGGAUUUAAACUUGUAUUUCAAUGGUUAUCUUCUAGGGGUCCAUAGACACUCCAAUAGCACAGUCAAGUGGCUAAUUAAACAAAUGAAGCAAAAAACUAAACCCAGCAGACGCUAUGUCUCUGUAGGAACAGGAUUGAGUAUCUCUGCAAUAAAAAAGAAACAUGCAUCCAUAUAAAGCAGGGGUCUUCAAUCAUAUACAAAAAGGGCCAAUGUAGCUGCAGGUUUUGGUUUUAGCCCAGCACUAAGACAUCUGAUUCUACUUGAGGCUUGGACAUACUUUCUGCGUUCCGCGUUCACAGACAGCUGCGGACUUGUACCGGUCGCAAAGACGCGCAUGCGGUUCCAUUCAUACUACAAUUGAAGGUCCGCGUCGGUCUGGCGUUCCACACAUGCGCAUGUCCCAAUCCGCACUCCAUUCCAGUUGGUGGCGGUAAUGCACCAUAACGUUGUUUGCCAACCGCCAUAAAAAUCAAGAAGAAAAAGAAGAAGAAGCAAGCACAUUAGGGAAAAAAUGGCAUUUUCAUCUCCCAAGCGUUUGCGCGAUUUCAACGCCAUUUGGCUGUCUUUGUAUUCUUUCAAAGACAAAUUAUAUAAAUGUGGGUAACGGUGGAUCUCCUUGCACAACUCUCUUCAAAACAAGCAUCCAUUUUGUUAUCUGGAGCAUGCACAGUCGGGGCUUGCUAAAAUUUUUGACCAUCCGCACGGUCACAAAUUUUGGGCUGCACGCGGACGUCCGCAUAGGUGUCUGUGCGGACCCUCGUGGACAUGGGAGAAAUCAAGGGGAGACAAACUGGUGGCCCUGUCACUGCACUGGGAUAUUUGCUUUUUUUGUCUAGGGGGACGUCCACCUCCUACUGGCCUACCAACUUCACUUCCAGCAAUUACUGGUAUCCAAGUACUAACCAAGAGCCCAUCUGCACAGUUUUGGCCAGUUGGCAAGAGCAGGGUAAAUAGUGUCAU